AUUAUGACUUGCUUGAAGUUUUGGUUGAAGUAGGGGGGAAGGUUGAAGUAAAAUGGAGUUUACUAUCUUAUUGUUGGUCUUAUUGUAUUUACCAUCUGGAGCUGGUUUGACAUGUUAUUCAUGCCGUUCAUCCAACAAAAUGAAUUGUAUAGCAAAACAGAAGGAAGGACAAUGUCGACGUCGUACGGACAUAUGUGUGACGAUGGAAUUUACCCAAGUUGUAUAUUUAUCGGCAAAGACGACAAAAGUGAUAAGUGGAUAUCGCAAGCAUUGUGCGUCAAGAAGAUUCAAUUGUAAAUCUUACUGUAGCAGGAGAUUAGAAAUGGGAUACGCAACAUGCAAGGUUGGUAGUGAAUAG